AAACCCCACCCUUCCCUGAGCGACACCUGGUCCCACCCUGAGCUGCCUUUCUCAGGACCCCAACCCCAGCCUGGCCCAGCCCAGCCGCACCCUGCCACUCCCUUCAGCCAGUGUGGCUUCAUGUCAAGAGGCUGGGCGGGGUCAAGGUGGCAACAAGGGGAGAAGCCGGGACACAGUGCUCCCUGAUUUAAACCCAGGCAGCCUGGAGUGCAGCUCAUGCUCCACACCCGGAAUUCCUGCCACCCCACUCUCCUGCUGCCCUCCAGACAUGCGGGGGCCCUGGGUGCUUCUGCUGCUGCUGGGCCUGAGUCUACAGCUCUCCCUGGGCAUCAUCCCAGUUGAGGAGGAGAACCCAGACUUCUGGAACCGCCAGGCAGCCGAGGCCCUGGGUGCUGCCAAGAAGCUGCAGCCCAUACAGACAGCUGCCAAGAACCUCAUCAUCUUCCUGGGCGACGGGAUGGGGGUGUCUACGGUGACAGCCGCCAGGAUCCUAAAGGGGCAGAAGGAGGACAAACUGGGGCCUGAGACCCCCCUGGCCAUGGACCACUUCCCAUAUGUGGCUCUGUCCAAGACAUACAGUGUAGACAAGCAUGUGCCAGACAGUGCAGCCACAGCCACGGCCUACCUGUGCGGAGUCAAGGGCAACUUCCAGACCAUUGGCUUGAGUGCAGCUGCCCGCUAUAACCAGUGCAACACGACACGUGGCAAUGAGGUGGUCUCCGUGAUGAAUCGGGCCAAGAAAGCAGGGAAGUCAGUGGGAGUAGUGACCACCACACGGGUGCAGCAUGCCUCACCAGCCGGAACCUACGCCCACACGGUGAACCGCAACUGGUACUCGGAUGCCAACAUGCCUGGCUCGGCCCGCCGGGAGGGCUGCAAGGACAUCGCCACACAGCUCAUCUCCAACAUGGACAUUGACGUGAUCCUAGGUGGAGGCCGAAAGUACAUGUUUCGCAUGGGGGCCCCAGACCCUGAGUACCCUCAUGACUACAGCCAGGAUGGGACCAGGAUGGAUGGGAAGAACCUGGUGCACGAAUGGCUGGCGAAGCACCAGGGUGCCCGGUACGUGUGGAACCGCACUGAGCUCAUGCAGGCUUCCCUGGACCCAUCCGUGACCCACCUCAUGGGUCUCUUUGAGCCCGGAGACAUGAAAUACGAGAUCCACCGAGACCCCACACUGGACCCCUCCCUGAUGGAGAUGACAGAGGCUGCCCUGCGCCUGCUAAGCAGGAACCCCCGCGGCUUCUUCCUCUUCGUGGAGGGCGGUCGCAUCGACCAUGGUCAUCACGAAAGCAGGGCCUACCGGGCACUGACUGAAGCGGUCAUGUUCGACGACGCCAUUGAGAGGGCGGGCCAGCUCACCAGCGAGGAGGACACGCUGACCCUCGUCACCGCUGACCACUCCCACGUCUUCUCCUUUGGUGGCUACCCCCUGCGAGGGAGCUCUAUCUUCGGGCUGGCACCCGGCAAGGCCCAGGACAGGAAGGCCUACACGGCCCUCCUAUAUGGCAACGGUCCGGGCUAUGUGCUCAAGGAUGGCGCCCGGCCGGAUGUUACUGAGAGCGAGAGCGGGAGCCCCGAGUACCGGCAGCAGUCAGGAGUGCCCCUGGACGAAGAGACACACGCAGGCCUGGCGCCCCCCGCCGGCACCACCGACACCGCACACCCUGGGCGCUCUGCGGUCCCCGAGUCCCUGCCUCUUCUAGCCGGGGCCCUGCUGCUGCUAGGGACGGUCACUGCUCCCUGAGUGUCCCGUCCCUGGGGCUCCUGCUUCCCCAUCUCGGAGUUCUCCUGCUUCCCACCUCCUGUUGUCCUGCCCGGCCUCCACCCCGAGUCGUCACCCCUGAAGUCACCACACAGAUGUCCUGCCAUGGAACCUUCACCUCCUCGUGCACCCUGGGGACUGAGCCCAUGACAUCAAAGCUGCCCCUUGGCUAUUCCUGGACUCCCUACCCAACCCCAGGGACUGCAGGUUGUGCCCUGUGGUUGCCUGCACCCCAGGAAAGAAGGGAGCUCAGGCCAUCCAGCCCCCACCUACAGUCCUUGGGUACCAGGCAGGCUCCCUUCCCGGAGAAGAGAGGCACCCAGACCCCGCGCCCGGCUGACCUUUGCUUCAGUCCUUGAAUCACUUGUGGGACUUGAGGACUCGGGAGCUUCAGGAUGACUGGAGAAGCGUGGCUUCCUGCCACCCGCCAGCCAAGGAGGCUGCUGGGGUGGGGAACCCCAGGGGGAUUUUGACACAGCCUUUGGCUGCCCCUCACUGAGCUAAUUCCACACUCCUGUACCCCUCCAAGGGGCCCUCUGCCUCAUGGCAGAGGCUUGCCCCAAAUCACAACUACUCAGAUGUUCCAUACCUCCAAAUGCCAAUUUCAGCACCCAACUGAGAUCCAAGGAGCUCCUGGGUGCAGGGCAGCAGUCGAGAGCCAAAGGUCCCUCCCCAGACAUCUGGACACUGGGCAUAGAUUUCUCAACAAGGAAGACUCCCCUGCCUCCCCAGGGCCUCCGCUCUCCUGGGAGACAAAGCAAUAAUAAAAGGAAGUGUUUAUAAUCCCAGCACUUUGGGAGGCCAAGGUGGGCAGAUCACGAGGUCAGGAGAUGGAGACCAUCCUGGUUAACACGGUGAAAUCCCUUAUCUAGUCCCAGCUACCCAGGAGGCUGGAGCAGGAGAAUCGCUUGAACCUGGGCAGCAGAGGUUGCAGUGAGCCAAGGUCAUGCCACUGCACUCCAGCCUGGGCGACAGAGCAAGAUUCCGCCUCAAAAGUAAAUUAAUUAAUUAAAAAAAUAAAUAAACAAGUAAGAAAAGGAAGUGUUAGACAGUGUAA